AUGAACAAUGCAUUUUCGAUGACAUGGCGAGGUCCAUGCACUGGAAUUCGCUCCUCACCGCCGUGCAAGCCAUCCUCCUCAGCUCGAAGCUUUGCCCGUUUAUUAUGCCUAGAUAGCCGACCUCCAGGUUUGCGCAUGGGAGUUGCGCCCAGCUCGGACCAAGGAGCUUUCAGCUUUCGAACCUCAAAGCAAAGUGGGACCUCUUUUUCUACUAUAGUUUCGUACAAUUGCAGAUUCUACCGCUCCUUUAACACCUCUCAACUCCUCAACGCACAGCCGAGCGCCCCUCCAAAUAGUCGCCAGACGCAAGAAGAAGGCGUUCGAUUCCAACCGCGUGAACUUUCGCAUUCUCAGAUCUCACAGAUAUUUGGGACACCGAGGAUACCUCCUGUUUUCGGGAAUCGUGUUCUUCGAGUCCUCCAUGGCCGGCGACUGGCCGGCACUCUGGACUUGGAGCUGCCGCUAGAUAUCAAGAACGGGGUUCCACAACAUAUUUUGGACGAUGGCUUGGAGUGGCUCCGCAGGAAUUUCCCUGUUGAUGAAGAUGCGGCCAUUAUGAGGAGAAUUGAGAGGGAAGAACAGGAAGAGGAGGAAAAGUUAAUGCGGCGUGCUGAAAAACUGGGUCUAUACAAGCCUCAAAGCGGAAGAUUUGGAGCGGAGGUUGAAAAAGAAGGAGACGUGUACGGGCGUAGUGUACUCCAAGAGAUUAGGCAGAAGAAUGAGAAGAUUAACAAGAAAAAAGAGGAAGAUGAGAGGCAGCAAUGGUUGGAGUCCGAGGCAAAGGAGAAAGAAAACUUCGCAAGGUCGAUUCAGAGGAAUACCGAAUUGGCAAAUUUUGAAGGAUCCGCGAUCACAGAAGCUCGUCCUCGUGCGGAUCCACAGCUACGCCCUGCUCUGGCAUGGAUUCAAAAGCAUCACAUACGCGCCACAUCUACGAAUGUAGACACAUCGAAGAUGAAUAAGCCACGCCGCAUACUUCCCUCGCUGGGUGUCGCCAUUCUCACCGCCGGACUUUGCUAUCUAUACUCCGAGACAUAUGAGCCUCCCUCUCGUGAACACCGUCUCUUACCUACCGUUCCUCCUGCCGCAGCGACUGCAAUUGGGCUCAUCGGAGCUAAUGUCACAGUAUUUCUGAUGUGGAAAGCGUUCCCUCCGGCAUGGAGGAUGCUUAACAGAUACUUUAUCAUACACGAUGAGGUCGGUCGCGGUGACUUCCUGGCGCUUUAUCUUUCUUCAGGAGUUAUCGCCUCCCUAACGUCACUCGCCGCUCACGUUCUCGGAAAUAAACUGACCAUCACAUCUCUGGGGGCCAGUGGCGCCAUUGCGGGAUUAGUUGCAGCCUGGUGCAUGCUACACUCGAAUGACAAACUCACGAUUGCAUUCCUUCCACGCGAUUGGCAAGAGAUGUUUUCGGCGAAUGGGAGUACAUUCCUGGCUGUAAUCGUGCUUGUUGAAAUUAUUACUCUAGCGUUACCGUUUAGAAUAGCGGCCAUGGACCACUGGUCGCAUUUGGGCGGAUAUGCUACUGGUGCUCUUGUUGGGUGGCUAUGGAAGGAGAAACGGGAGAGGGAAAGGAAAAAGAAUUUUUGGCAUAGAUUUCUUGACGGAUAUCGGUAG